UCUUCAACGGCUUAUUCUAGUUCUGAUCUCCUGACUUGUGUGCGCGAUCAAUCCUUACUUUUCGAUCAUGGAGCACGUCGUCGGCAAAUACCAGUACAUAACGAGCGAGAACCUGGACGAGUUUCUCAAGGACAUCAACAAAUCCGAGUUCUCGGGCAUCUUGAAGUCUGCACUGACCGUGGAGGUCCAGGUGAACGAUGAUCAGUCGUUUACGGUCACCAUCACCAAUCCGGAAAGAAGUGUCACCAACACCUUUAAGCUCGGCGAAGUCUAUGAUGAGUGGUUUCCGUCCCAGAAAGUCCCUUUCAAGAGCGUGGCCACGAAACACGACUUAGGCUUCCAAUCCGAGACUUCCUUAUCUCCGGAUCUCAAACUGAUCAGAAUCUACGAAUUCACCGGCACCCAAUUGAUCGCGCACAUAUCCGCCAAUAAAAGUGACAUUACAGCCAAGCGUAUAUACAAAAAACUGUAAAGCUUUUUAAUUUAAAUACAUAGCAUGUAAUACGUAAUAAAUGGUUCUAUUAAAGAGAAGUGUGAAGAAA